AUGAUCCAGGCUCGUGAUGAGGAUGGCCUGACAGACUUCAUCACCAAGCCAGAAGUGGAGAAGAGGAAUGUACAGCGCGUCAUCUUAAAGGCCAAGGCCUUCUCCAGAAACAUCGGAGGGCAGGCUGCAGAGGGCGACGGGGAGAACACGACCUACAAAGUCAACCCCGAGUACGUCGGCACUGUCUUCCAGGACUACAUCAUGCCUUUGACCAAGGAGGUGGAGGUCGCCUACCUGCUUGCCAGACUCGACGAGACCCCAAGACCUGGACCUGAGCAGGAAUCCACAGCCUGGUUUGGAACGGCCAGCGGUUCUGGACGAUUGAAGAAGACGCUGCAGGAGGACUUCAACGUCAGGGCCGAUCAGCUCUGA